GUAUGAAAAAAAAUGAGAUGUAACCCAAUAAAAUAGCUAUCUUUUUUCCAUAUUUAGGCAUUAGACAAUUCACAAAAUUAUUUCUUCUUAUUUUCUCUUUCUAUAACCGCCAAAUUAUAAUAAUCCUACAUAUAAUUGACAUUUCUUCCAUUCCCCUUUUUUUUUGUUUAUGAAGAACGAGAAAAUUAUAAUUUGAUUUUAUUUACUUCUUAGAAAAUUCGAAAAUGUUCAAGACAUUUUCUAUGUCCUCCCGUAUGGGAAGAGACUUACAGAGGUACAAUGAAGGUUGUCGUCAAGUUGUUGGAUGCAUUCCAUACAGAUACAUAAAUAGUUACCAGUCAGGUUACAAUAUUGAUGAUUUGGAGUUUCUAUUGAUCAGCUCACAGAAAAGUCCAAGAUUGAUGUUCCCUAAGGGUGGUUGGGAAAUUGAUGAGUCGUUAAAAGAUGCAGCUUUACGAGAAACCUUUGAGGAAGCUGGAGUUCUUGGCGAUGUUGAUGUUCAGGACUAUUUAGGUACCUGGAGUUUCAAGAGCAAAAGCCAAGGCACAUUUCAUGAGGGACACAUGCUGCCUUUGCUUGUCACUCAGGAAUUAGAUGAAUGGCCUGAGAAAUCUGCUCGUCGACGUUUAUGGAUGAAAUUUAACGAAGCGAGGGAAAUAUGUUGGCAUCCAUGGAUGAAGGAAGCUUUAGAUGUUUUUGCUUCUAAGCUUGCUAAGAGAAACAAAGAAGAGCCUCAAACAUUAUACCCUUUCAAGGAAUUGUCAAAUGAAGCAAUGCCUGCAGUAGCUAACCAAAUGUACAAUAUUGAAGAACAAAGAAUGGACAAUGUUGAAGCUAAUCCUUUGACUAGUGAAGAACCAAUCAUCAAUCCAAUCUUUGUAGACGAUUCGAUGUUCAACGAGACAUUGUUUAAUGAAGAUCUGGGAAUAAGCCAUAUAGCUACUACAUCAUUGUUCAAUGAAGAUACAAGAAUAAGCAUUGUUGCUCAUAGCUAGCAACUAAAGGAAGGAGAAACAUCAACAAGCUUAGGAAACAACAGUGGCGGAUCUAGUAUUUAGAUGCUAGUUGUGGAUUUCUGAAAUGUAUCUCUAACUCUAUCUAUACACUUGUUUUUUUGCAUAUGUAUAUUUAGUUUGAUCCUAAAGUACUACUGAAUUCUAUUGAACCUAUAAUUAGAUCCGCCGCUUAUAAAUAAAAGUAGGCAGGGGAUCAAGAAUUGGAGAUGCCUAUUGUAAAUAGAUUAGGGACUUAAGGCUACAUAUAGUCUUUCUUUUGUUGCUUGUUGUAAAUACUCCUUGACCAAUAUAUUAUGAAUGUACAGACUGACAUUAUAUAUA